GUCUCAUUUGAAAAUGAACGGGACAGCAGAAUGUUUGCCUGUUCUGGUGGUUGGUGCUGGUGGGAUUGGAUGUGAACUAUUAAAGAAUUUGGUGUAUAAUGGUUUUGAUAAUAUAACAAUUGUCGAUCUCGACACCAUCGAUAUCAGCAACCUAAAUAGACAGUUUCUUUUCCAUAAAAAGCACGUUGGACGAUCCAAAGCAGAGACAGCCAGAGAAAACGUCUUGGCCUUUAAACCAACUGCUAACAUUGUUGCUUACCACAAAAGUAUUUUCAGCUCUACAUUUAAUUCUACGUUUUUUGGGAAGUUCGCUGUUGUUUUCAAUGCCCUGGACAAUCUUGCUGCACGAAAACAUGUUAAUCGUAUGUGUGUAUCAGCAAAGAUUCCUCUAAUCGAAUCUGGUACUGCUGGUUACCUGGGACAAGUUGAACCAUUGCUUCCUGCCAUUCAACUAGAUGAUGAAUCAACAAAUUUGGAUGGAAAACUGAGUGACAAUUUGUCAGCCUAUCGUACUGGAUGUUAUGAAUGUCAACCACGGGGUUUAGGUCAACGUCAUUAUCCUGCUUGUACUAUACGUAAUACACCGUCUGAACCAGUCCAUUGUGUUGUAUGGGCUAAGUACUUAUUCAACCAACUAUUUGGUCAGUCGGAUGUCGACGAUGAAGAUAUCUCUCCAGAUUUCUCAGAUCCGGAUUUACAUAAUCACGAUCAUAAUAAUAAUAUUAAUAAUAAUAAUGAUCAUAGUCAAAUUGAAGAGAAGUUGCCUACAAAUAGCCCCACCAAUGAUACACAUAAUUCAGAAGUAAAGAAGCCAAAUCAACUAACCUUAAGAGAAUGGUUUCGUCAACUUUCGUCUAGCCACUCCAAUUCAACGGAUACUGGGUUUCCAUCCUCCCCUGCUAGUUCACUCGCUUGGAGAUUAUUUCAUCGGGAUAUUGUCACCUUGGUUGGUAUGCGUGAUCUAUGGGUAGAUCGUCAAGAUCGUCGUGAACCAACACCAUUGGAGAUGUCUACAUUGAAGGAGGCGAUAAUAAACCAUGACUCAGCAUUGUCAUGUACAUCACUGGAUUCAUCAAAUUCCAAUGAACUACGCGAUCAGCGUAAAUUGUCCACAUCUAGUUGGCUUGAAAUCUUUUUGAAUUCUGUUGAAAAAUUACAAAGACAAGUAGAAGAUGGCAGUGGAGACAAGUUUUUAGUAUGGGAUAAGGAUGAUCAAGAAGCUAUGGAUUUUGUGGCAUCCGCUGCUGUCAUUCGAUCACAGUUGUUCCAUUUACCCGGUGCUGAUCAACUCACUCGAUUUACAAUCAAAUCUCUAGCUGGGAAUAUAAUCCCUGCAGUAGCGUCUACAAAUGCAAUUGUCGCUGGGCUGAUGGUACUUCAAGCUAGACAUAUUUUAUCGAAACAUUAUGAGCGUGUACGUACAGUCUACCUACAUCGUCAACCAACUGGUCGUCGUGGCAAUCGUCGUCUUGUUGUCCCAGUGAAACCGGCACCAUUAAAUCCUUCUUGCCUGGUAUGCAGUGAUACAAUCAAAAAUUCCCAGCUACGCUUAGUCUGUUCACCAGAAACACUUACUCUGCGUAUUCUACGUGAUCAUAUUCUAAUCCGACAUUUAGGCAUGCUGGCACCAGAUGUAGAACUGUCUGAUCGUGGUGUUAUUUUGAUAUCAAGUGAAGAGGGUGAGACAGAUGAAGAUACAUUAAAUAAAACGCUAGCCGAGUUUAAUAUCACUCAGGAUACAUGUCUACAGUGUGAUGACUUCCGCCAGGAUUUCACUCUACGUCUUAUUGUAUCUUGUAUUAGUGUCGAGUCGGCGAGUCCACUGUCAAAAUCAUCAGACAACAAUCGACCUACACAACAACAACAACAACAGUACCAGCUGUUCGACAGUGACGAUCAUCAGUCUGAACAAUGGCGUAUUUUAGGCAAUGUGGAUUCCGUGUUAACGACAAUCAAAGGUGGUAGCAGCAAUAGUACAGCAAAAUUACCAUCUAUACCUGAAGAGAUUGUUAUGGUGAAUGGAAACGAAGAGAAGCAUAAAGCGUCGUUGAAUCGCAAAGAUGGCGUCGACACCAGUGUCAAUGAGGACAAGGAUACAGACUUGGAUAUCAUCGAAGUCAUCGAGGAAUCUACGGACCUACCACGAUCACCAUCAUCAUCGGAAGGUCAAGUUUCUAAAGACAGUGUAAAGCGUCAAUUCCAAACUGAUGAGUCCACUGGAAAUAAUUGUCAAAUCAAAAAGGCAAGACUUGAUACCAGCGAUGUUCAUGAUGAUGAUUCUUUAUUGUCGUCGUCGCUUAGUGCGGUUGUACCGAUAGUCAACGUCGACUCUGAUGAUGAUGAUGAUCUUAUCCUUAUUGAAUUACCUGCAUCGAAUUUAGAUGAAUUGCGUAGUAAACUUCAAUGUUCCCUUAUACGUGCACAAGGUGUUCAGUUGGAGCCGACAAUAAUUCAGCGUUUUAUUGAAGUGUUUACACAAAUUGUUGAUGAAAAUCCACCUGUUAAACUACCGGCUGAUUAUGAACUGGAACAAUGCAUUGGCUGUAUGGUUCAUCAAGCCAAUGUUACACUGAAUCGUCAAUGUGAAACUUCUCAGACCUCUUCGACAUCUUCACCACCGGCACAAGCGCCUAUUAAUAAUAACAAUAAUAAUAAUCAAUCAGAGAGUGGUAAUCAAUGCGGUAUAUGCUAUUGUCGACCAUUAUGGUGUUUAGAAUGCCUGAUUCGUUGGUUCGCUUCACGUCAGACAAAUAAUCAUCGUCCACCGAAUCAAUGGCUAUCAGGACGUGUACCAUGUCCAACUUGUCGGACAUAUUUUUGUGCUCGUGAUGUUUCACGACUUGUUAUCAGUCAGCAAUAA